AUGGAGGAUUGGGUGCGUCGACCGAUUGAAGAUCGUCGUCAAACAUCUAAGAAGAGCGGCAAGAUUGUUAGACCCACGAAUUCGUUUCUUCUGUAUCGGUCAGCCUAUGCAGCUCGUAUCAGCGAGUGGUCCUCCACAGAGAAUUAUCAAGUGGUGUCAGAGCUUGCCGGAAAAAGUUGGAGGUUCGAAGCCAAUGAUAUCAAGGAGAAAUAUGAACGUCUGGCAAAAAUCGAGAAGGAAUACCAUGCCAAAGCACACCCCGAGUAUAAGUUCGCACCAAAAAAAAAGCAGACCAAUCGAAAAAGGCUUGAGCCAAACUGCCCUGGUACUUCUGGUCCGAAUGCAACUUUGAAUCGGAACUACGCCAUGUGCUUAACGGAGUGUGAUGAUAAGCAGAAGAUCCAUGCCUCAGUAUCCUUGGACUCUAGGGAGCUAGAAAGUCCAACUAUGAUCUAUCUUAAUCCUCGGUUGAAGUGGGAAGCCGACAAACCGCAACUGCAACACUCCGAAAAUCUUAAAUCCUUAGAUAUAGGGAAUGGCCAGUCAUGCACAGAAAACCCACAACGCUUAGGAUACUAUUCAUCAACGGACCCAACGUUGCUGGAACCCGCCUAUAAUAACAUGCAGCCUUUCGGAACGCGGGAGAUGUUUAAGGACAGUGGGAUGCAUACUCAGCUGCCGAGCUUUUAUCACGAUACUUCCAGUCCUCUUGUAGGACAGCAGGUCUAUGACAACAUUGGCUAUCCCAUGUGGCUAGAGACACCGGCAGGGAGCAGUUACAUGGCUAUCAAUAAGGCACCAUUCACGCCUGACUCAACACCUUACUGCCUCGACCCCUACCCGACAGAGGACCUCUGUGUGAGGUUCUGA